CAGAAAUUUAAAAAGAAAAAAAAAAGAAAAGAAAAGAGAGAAUAAAACUAACAAAAUGAGCAAACUGAGCAAAACAUACAAACACAUGGCACCAAACGAUAACCAUUUCCCAUCUUCAAAGCCACCCUCCCUCCCCACCGCCCCUCCUCCUCCCCCGAUCCCAAAUGGAUCAUCAACAAACUCUAAACCCAAUCCCAUCCCGCCACGUCACCCCAUCCGUCAACAACUAUACUCCGACUCCCGCAACCAACACCAACAACAACGACGACAACAACGGUGGCAACGUCCAAGCAACCGCCGGAUCUGCUGCUGCUGCUGCUUCUGGUCAAUCCUCCUCCUCCUCAUCACCCUCCUCAUCGCCUCCCUCCUCGCAAUCGGACUCUACGCCGUCUACCAGCCCCGCCCCCCGUCCUUCACCGUCGCCUCCCUCCGAAUCCACCGCUUCAACCUCACCGCGUCCCCCGAUUCCUCCGCCGCGCGCCUCUCCUCGCUCUUCAACUUGACGCUGAUCACCAAGAACCCUAACUCUCAGUUCGUCUUCGGCUACGAGCCUCUGCUACUCUCCGUCGUGACUGAUCCCGACGAGAUCUUGCUCGGGAACGGGACGGUCGCGGCGUUCUCGAGCGGGGAGAAGAACGUGACGUCGUUUAGAGGAGUCGCGGUGGCGUCCACGGAGGCUCGCGAGCUUGAUUUCGGCGAUGGAUUGGGAUUGAAAACGGAUUUGAAGCGGAAAAAGGGAUUGGAUCUGAAGGUGAUGGUGGACACUAAAGUGGAGAUUAGGAUGGGGAAGUUGAAAAGCAAGAGAGUUGGGAUUAGGGUUUCUUGCGGUGAGAUUAGAGGGGAGUUACCUAAAGGUAAAGCCGUUACAGUGGCUUCCACUGAUAAAUCGAAGUGUAAGGUUGAUCUUAGGAUCAAGAUCUGGAAUUGGACGUUUUGAUUUUUCAUUGUUAUACUUUCUAUUUUUAGUAUACAGAGUUGUUUUUUUACGGAGGGAAAUAUCGGAUUUUGCAUUUGCUGUGUAUUGUUGUAUACUUGAGAGAGAGUUCUGUUGUAUUGUGUGUGGAUGGAAGUUCACAGUUUGAUGUAAGAGUUAAAGUUUUUUUUUUUUUUUAUAUAUUGUAUAAUGAAAAUGUCAUUCUUGGUUCCCCCAUGGAUCAUCGAAGUUCAGUUCAGUUCAAU